AUGGGUUGUGAAGAAGAAGAUAUCACAGGCAUUUGGCCAGUCGGUGUUUCUUACACGGCUGACCAUCUAAACUGGGGCACGCCAUCUACAAUCAGCGAGAUCUCAUUCCGGGGCGCAAAUGUUGGCCUCGAUAUUGGAACACAUGCUAAGAUGCAAAUUCACGACAACGCCAUCUCAGCCUUCGAGGGCGCCGACGACGAGAAUAUCUUUGAGCGAACCCUGAACAGCUGGGAGUCACUGCCAACUUUGGCAAAGGAUGCCCUUACAGACGUUCAGUAUGAGAAGACCCAGGUUCCUUUUAAUGACGCCGACCUUCAAGCUCAGAUGGACGCUGCGUACCAGGAGAGGUUCUUUGCGGGCAUUCCAGAGGUGGCGGAUUGCGACCUAGUGGAAGACCGACCACCUAAGGUUGAUACUCCGGAUGACCCUCCUGUGACUGUUACUACCUCUGCGCCAAAGACGGAACCCACUGGAGCAUAG